AUGGGUCGAGAUCGUUCACGUUCGAUGUCUUCAAGUUCUUCUGGACGUGGCUUACAAGCUGCAGCAUGGGAUGGUGACUCAGGUUAUCGUAUUCACGUAUCUGAUUUAGCUGUAGGAAUUUCAAGAAAAGAAAUUGAACGAUCUUUCGGAAAAUAUGGAGCUAUUAAUGAGGUAUGGGUGGCAACAAAUCCUCCGUGUUUUGCUUUUAUUAACUAUAAACAUCGUAGCGAUGCUGAGAAAGCUAUUCGAGAGGUUGAUGGAAAAAUGAUUGGUUCAACUCGUGUAGGUGUAAGUUGGGCACGUACUCGUAGAUAUGGCGGUCGAAAUGGUGGAGGUCGAAGUGCUCCAUAUGGUUCCUAUCGAAGUAGUCGUGGAGGUCGACGAAGAUCAAGCCGUUCUCGAAGUGAUUCACGUCAUCGAAGACGCCGAAACAGUCGAUCACGUUCACGAGAUCAUAAUCGUCGUCGAAGUGCUUCACCACGUGAUCGUAGACGCUCGAGUCGUAAAAGUAAUGAAAAAAAUGGAAAUGACGUUGAACGUAAAAGCGAACGAAAAUCUAAAACACCUCGAUCUGCUUCACGUUCUCGAUCGCGUUCAACACCACCAAAAGAAUCAACAAAUGAUAAGAAAAAACGAAGUCCAUCACGUAGUCCAAGUCCUGAUGUUGAUGACACUGGUUCACCUUCAGCUGUUAGGACAGAUGACAAUAAUGCUUAUGAUGGAUCACCAUUGGCCACAGCUGACGAAUAG